UUUGGGAGUGGCAGAGACCCCCACCCCGAGGCAGACCAUGGUGGAACCCGCAGAGCAAAUGCCAGAGGAGGUGCUGGCGCUCAUCUUUCGCCACCUGUCCCUGAGGGACCGUGCUGCUGCCGCCAGAGUCUGCAGGGCCUGGGCUGCCGCUGUCACAUGCAGCACCGUGUGGCAUGACACAAACAUCAGUUGUGACUGUGAGCGGGAAGACAUGCUGCCACCAAAUCUGUCCGCCUGUCUUGACUACAUUCAUAAUCUACGGCUGGAAUUUGAGCCGUCGAGGAAGCCGAGUCGCCGGUCAGCCACCCAGCUGCUGAUGGCGCUGGCGGGUCGUGCCCCAGGGCUGAGAGGCCUGCGCCUGGUGUGCCAAGGGGAGAAGCCGCUCUUCGAUGCGGGCCGCGACGUCCUGGAUGCUGUGCACACCGUCUGCGGGGCCGCCCGCGAGCUGCGCCACCUCGACCUGCGACGCUUGCCCUUCACAUUGGACGAUGCGCUAGUGCUGCAGACGGCACGCUGCUGCCCCGAGCUUCACAGCCUUUUUCUGGACAACAGUACGUUGGUUGGCAGCGUGGGGCCCGGCUCUGUGCUGGAGCUACUGGAGGCCUGCCCGCGCCUGAGCGUCCUCGGCCUGCACCUGUCCAGUCUGUCGCCCGCCGCGCUGGAAGCACUGGCCGCUCCAGACCGCGCGCCUUUCGCGCUCCUGUCCCUGCGGUGCGCGUGCCCUGAAGAUGCACGCGCGUCCCCUCUGCCCGACGAAGCCUGGGCCGCGUUGCACCGCCGCCACCCUGGGCUGGCGGUGGAGCUGGAGCUGGAGCCCGCACUGCCAGCCGAGAGCGUGACGCGCAUCCUGCAGCCAGCCGUGCCCGUGGCCACGCUGCGCCUCAACCUCUCGGGGGACACCGUAGGCCCAGUGCGCUUCGCGGCGCGCCACUAUACCGCCACCCUGUGCGCGCUCGAGGUGCGCGCCGCCGCUUCAGCCGAGCUGGACGCCGCGCUGGAGGAGCUGGCGGCGCGCUGCGCGGGCCUGCGCGAGGUGCACUGCUUCUGCGUGGUGAGACCCUCCGUGCGGGACGCCUUCCGCGCGCGCUGCCCGCGCCUGCGCACCUACACGCUGAAACUCACGCGCGAGCCGCACCCCUGGCGGCCCACGCUCGCAGAGUGAUUGGUAGCCUCCCUACCCCGCAGUCGUGACCUCUCAGAAGACCAGGGGUUGCCUAGGCGCAUCCGAACUGCCAGCCCGUUCCU